AUGCUGCUGCCCAAUGCCACAGCUAUGACGCCCUUGCUGAUCACCCUGGGGCAGGAGAUGACCCCACAGGGCAGCAGCGCGUCAAGCCCAGCCCACAGGUCCCCGCCAAGUGACGACGGCGAGCUGGAGGCGCUCUACAUCCUCAUGGUGCUGGGCUUCUUCGGCUUCUUCACUCUGGGCAUCAUGCUCAGCUACAUCCGCUCCCGGAAGCUGGAGCACUCCCACGAUCCCUUCAACGUGUACAUCCAGUCCAAUGACUGGCAGGAGAAGGACAAGGCGUACGCCCAGGCCCGGGUCCUGGAGAGCUACAGGGCAUGCUACGUCCUUGAAAACCAUCUGGCCAUGGAACACCCCAACGCACACCUGCCUGGGCUGCAGCCUGCAGCCUGA